UUCCAGUUAGUUACUUUAUGUCAGGAACUUCAUCACGCUGGCGAAACUUUCAACGAAUGUUUGAAGAGUUUCUGCUGCGGAAAACGGAGACUUUAUUUAAUCCAAGCAGAGGAUGAACAUACAUCGAUGUAAUAAAUAUGUGGAGUAUUUAUUUAAUUAAACAGACUUUGACAAGUUAUACAGUACUACAGUGAGUUCCAGUAGAUUGCCCGGCGUCUCCUCAACAUGAAUGAAUGAAUCUUUCAGUCUCGGAGGAAUUCUGAACCGAGUGAAAAUGAGCGAUGAAUCAAAGCCAGGGGACGAAGAGGUGAAUGAUAAUAAAUAUUUAUCGAAAACAGCCGCGACUGAUGCUGAGGUGACUUUUGAACAUCGAAGCGCGCCUCCGGAAACGCGUUUGUAUAAAAAGAGAUGGGUUAUAGUGUUUUUAUUCAGCUCGUAUUCGCUGUGUAACUCUUAUCAAUGGAUUCAAUACGGAAUCAUCAACAAUAUCUUCAUGCGCUUUUACAGCGUGGACUCUUUCACCAUUGACUGGAUGUCCAUGAUUUACAUGUUGACGUACAUUCCGCUAAUUUUCCCCGUCUCGUGGCUCUUGGAUAAGAAAGGGUUGAGGGUCAUCGCGCUCUUGGCCGCGGCUCUGAAUUGCACCGGCACAUGGAUCAAGGUGGCCAGCGCGAGACCGGACCUUUUUCCAGUGACAUUUUUUGGUCAGUUUACGUGCUCCGUGGCUCAGGUGUUUAUCCUCGGGAUGCCCUCGCGCAUCGCGUCGGUGUGGUUCGGAUCGGAAGAAGUGUCCACAGCAUGCUCCAUCGGGGUCUUUGGAAAUCAGUUGGGGAUUGCAAUAGGCUUUCUGGUUCCACCAAUACUGGUUCCAAAUGCGGACGAUCUGGACGAGUUGGCGGCUCACAUUAGAGUCAUGUUCUACAUCACCGCGGGAGUGGCCACCUUCCUGUUUGUAUUGGUUGUCAUUGUGUUUCAGGAGCGUCCAGACAUCCCUCCCACCCACGCUCAGGCCGCGGCUCGGCGGAUCUCUCCAGAGAACUACUCAUAUACAGCAUCCAUCCACAGGCUGCUUCGCAACAAAGCCUUCAUCCUUCUCGUCAUCACUUACGGGCUAAAUGUUGGCUGUUUCUAUGCUGUCAGUACGCUCCUCAACCGAAUGAUCAUUGAACACUAUCCUGGAGAGGAGGUGAAUGCUGGCAGGAUCGGCCUCACCAUCGUGAUCGCUGGCAUGGUGGGAUCCCUCAUCUGUGGGAUCUGGUUAGACCGAUCGAAGACAUACAAACAAACGACUCUAGCCGUGUAUCUGAUGUCUCUUGUGGGUUUGGUGCUUUAUGCUUUUACCUUGGAUCUGGGUCACCUGUGGGUGGUCUUCAUCACAGCAGGAGCCCUCGGGUUCUUCAUGACGGGUUACCUUCCCCUCGGUUUUGAGUUUGCUGUUGAAUUGACUUACCCAGAGUCUGAGGGGACGUCUUCAGGACUUCUGAACUGCUCUGCACAGGUGUUCGGGAUCAUAUUUACGAUCUGUCAGGGGAAAAUCAUGGACUCUUUUAAUACUCUGGCCGGAAAUCUCUUCCUGUGUGCCUUCCUGCUGAUAGGAACCAUCAUUACAGCAUGUAUUAAGUCUGAUCUGCGCAGACAGCUGGCAAACCAGCAAGCACUGGCAGCCAUUUUUGAGGGUCUUCGGCCUCAAGCAGAUCCUGUGGCGCUUUUGAACUUUUUAUUAUGAUAACAUUCCAGCGCUGUGAUUGGAUGACACACGGGAAAUGUUCUGGAAAUCACACCAGCUCUAUAAACACAUUUUAUCCUCUUCUUCCCCAUCAGUCCUGCUCAUCUUUACAUGCAAUGUCACGUUUUCUUGAUCCAUGCAUCCCAUUCACUCUCUCUUUCCAAUUUCCCAUGAUCCGGCUCUGCUUUUCCACUUCAUUGUCUCUCUCUCUUCUCAUUUACACCACACUAUAAUUCAACAGGUGGUACAAUUUUAUAAAUGGUUUUGAAAGAAGCCUCUCCUGCUCACCAAGGCUGCAUUUAUUUGAUCAUUUGAUUAUGUGAUUAAAAUGCAAUAAAAACAGUAUACUGUAAAAUAUUAUUACAGUUUAUGAUUUACUCCAGUCUUCAGUGUCACAUGAUCCUUCAGAAAUCAUUCUCAUAUGCUGAUUUACUGCUUACGGAUCAUUUCUUUUUAUCAGUGUUAAAUACAGUUUUUUAACAUUUAUUUUAGUGUUUUUGCUUUUACACAGAACCACAUUAACAAUUAAGAAAAGAAAAAAAGAUAAUUACACAUGAUGAAAUAAAUUAAAAUGUAAUAACCUAUGACAUAAUAACAGAUCAUUGAGGGACAAAUGCAUGCAAAGACUAAUUUAACUGGUCAAGUAAUGCGUAAACGGGACACAAAUUUGUAAAUAUUGUAGAAUGACUUAGUCCUGUGUGUAUAUAUUCAAAUAAGAAUAUUGUCAUAACAAUGACAAUAAUUGUACACAUCAAUGUUAAAUACAGCUGUGCUGCUUAAAAUUUUAAUGGAAACCAUAAUCAUAUUUUUAAAAUAGGAAGUCAAAAAAACAGUGUUAAUUUGAAAUAGAAGUCUUUUGUUACAGUGUUGAUCAACACUUUUGAACAAUUCUCAGUUCUCUUGGUGAAUAAAAGUACUAAUUUCUUUCAAAAACUGAAAAAAAGCUUCCCAUUCCUGUUUUCUACUUAUCCUGUUCUUCCUCUCCAUUCUUCCACUUAUUCUGUUCUAUUUUUCACUCAUCAUGAAUGGGAUGUUUUUAACUCAACUUCCUCUGAUCAUCUCAUUCAAUCUUCUAGUUUCCUAUCUGUCCAAAUCCAUGCUUACAGAUCAGUGUGUGUGUGUGUGUGUGUGUGUGUGUGUGUGUGUGUGUGUGUGUGU